CAGAGAUUCGAAGGAUAGAUAGAUGGGGAACUGUGUGUUUCAAGGGGUAGGGGAAGUAGAAGUAGAAGAGGUAAUAAAAGUGGUGACAUCAAACGGUGGGAUCAUGGAGCUCUACGCACCUUUAACUGCCGAGUUCAUCACCAGUGAAUUCCCAGGCCACGGCAUAUUCCGAAGCCAAUAUCUCUUCUCGGAGCAGCCACUCCUCCACAACGAGGAGCUUCUAGUUGGAGAACUGUAUUACCUUCUUCCCCUCAACACUAGCAUCCAUAGGAGAGCAAUAUUCACUGCUGGUAUCAGAUCCACCUGCGUCUCCUCCUCCUCCUCCUCCUCCUCGUCCCUCGUUACACCCUAUCGGAUGUCAUUCGACAGCCAAGGAAUCCUAAAGAGGUCCGAGAGCGAGGUUCUGUCGAGACAACAAUACAACAACAACAACAACAACAACAACAACUACAACACAGGAGUGUGGAAGGUGAAGCUGGUGAUAAGCCCAGAACAGCUGGCGGAGAUAUUGUCCCAAGAGACACGCACGGAGGCGUUGAUUGAGAGUGUCAGGACGGUGGCCAAGUGCGGGAAUGGAGCAAUCGCAUCUGCAGCUAAUUCUGAUCAGUGGAGCAUCUCCAGCAGUUGGAAGGCUUCCUCCUCCGACAGGCAUGGCCUCUUUGAUUUCUAGCUAGCUACCUACCUACCUACCUA